AUGAAUUUAACAUUACUAACUGCAAAACAUCUACUUAUUCUCUGUUGCAAUGGUGGUGUACCAUUCAUCGAUUUUCAUACUCAAUCAAAUCUUAGAGGAAAGCAUAAAUUAACACAAAUUAUUGAUCCAACUGAUUGGAUUGCUGUGGAUACAUCCGGUUCUGAGAUUAAUUUAUCAAUGAUUAACUCAUUAACAACACUACGCACACCAUCAAAUGUUAAAUUAACCGCUUGUGAUUUAUUCAAUUUAACAUUUUUGGACAUUCAAGAUGAGGAAUUAUUUGAGAGCCGUAAAGGUGAAGUGAAAUGCAGGUAUGAUAAUUUGGCGCAAUUUGUCUUCUAG